UCGAGAUUACAUGGAGAAAUCUAGCAGACCGAUCACACACGUGUUCUGACACCUACAUCGACAAUGGCUGGGAUAUCUGGUACCGAAGAUACAGAUAAAAAGGAUGACAUUGCACAGAAAUGUACAAGGGAAAAAUUGGAGCGUCCUGCAGAUGACACUCCUCAUAUGAACGGAGCAGUGGACAUGAACGGAGGUACAGACAGCCCGCAGAGUGAACUCUCCGAUGACUCUCCCUCCACAGAAAACAGCAGUCAGGAGGAAGGGGAGAGAACUACAGAUGAAGAUGAAAAGAAAACAGAGGUUGACGGGAAAGGAGAUGCAAAAACUGAUGACCAAGAAGUAGUUCUUAUCCAGGAGACAGGAUUUGUAGUGAAACUGUCCAUUCCUGGAGGAGAAGACUUUGAUUUGCCAGUGAGCUCUAUGGAACUUGUACAGGAGAUCCACCAGGUGCUUGUGGACAGAGAGGAGUCUUGCCAUCGUACAUGUUUCUCACUACAACUUGACAAUGUCGCACUCGACAACUUUGCAGAGCUUAAAACCAUCGAGGGUCUUAAGGAAGGAUCUGUUAUAAAAGUUGUAGAAGAACCAUACACAAUACGUGAAGCAAGAAUCCAUGUGCGUCACAUCCGUGACUUGCUGAAGUCUGUGGACCCAGCAGACGCUUACGGUGGGGCCGACUGUGCUUCUCUAUCGUUCCUUAAUACCGUCACCUGUGGCGACAUACUGGACAAGAAAAGGAGCAAGCCGGACAGUAUUGACUGUACUCCCCCAGACUACAUCAUGCCUAACGCCAAGGAGAGGCCCAUUCUCCCCCUUCACCCGGGCAUCAAGGAUCUCAAGGGUCCAAACUGUAUCAAAGUGCUAACCUACAGUGGCUGGAACCCUCCACCAGGCAACAGGAGAAUGCAUGGUGAUCUACUGUACAUCUAUGUUGUAACACUUGAGGAGAAAAAAUAUCACAUCACCGCCUCCACACGGGGCUUCUAUGUUAAUCAGUCAACAGAAGAUGAAUUUAACCCUAAAGCUGCUCAACAGAAAUUUUUAUCACAUUCUUUAAUAGACCUUUUAAUCCAGGUUAGUCCUGCCUUUAAGAAAAACUUCAGUAUACUGCUGAAGAAGCGAGCCCAGAAACACCCAUUUGAGAGGGUACCCACACCAUACCAGAUAUACAGCUGGAUGGCACCCUUGCCUGAACACUCCGUUGACUACAUCCGUGCUGAGGAUGCUUUUUCCACCAGACUAGGAUACGAAGAACACAUCCCUGGACAGACUCGUGAGUGGAAUGAGGAGGUACAGACCACACAGGAGCUGCCUCGUAAAACACUGCCAGACAGACUGAUCAGGGAAAGGGCAAUUUUCAAGGUGCACAGUGAUUUUGUUGGAGCAGCUACCCGCGGUGCUACGGCAGUUAUUGAUGGCAAUGUUAUGGCUAUCAACCCGGGAGAGGAAGCCAAGAUGCAGAUGUUUAUCUGGAACAACAUAUUCUUCAGCCUUGGAUUUGAUGUACGAGAUCACUAUAAAGAAUUUGGUGGAGAUGCUGCAGCUUAUUCAGCCCCCGGAAAUGACCUGCAGGGAGUGAAAGCAUACUUUAACUUAGACCAUGAAGGUCUGUACACACUGGGGACAGUCAUUGUGGAUUACCGUGGCUACCGAAUCACUGCCCAGUCCAUCAUACCUGGCAUACUGGAACGUGAACAAGAACAGUCUGUUGUCUAUGGUUCCAUAGACUUUGGCAAAACUGUUGUCACCGACGAAAAAUAUCAAGAACUGCUCUCAAAGACAGCAACUUUUCUCAAAGUCAGGCCUCACAAGGUUGUGAAUGAUAAAGGAGAAGAAGUAGAGCUGUUUACCUCAUUAGAAUGCAAAGGAAUCAUUGGAAAUGACCGACGGUACUAUGUCCUCGACUUGCUGCGGACAUCUCCCCCAGACGUUAACUUCCUAUCAAUUGACAAGGAGGAAUUGAGUGCGGCAAUGAGAGAGCAUGGUUUCCCAAGAGAACACAGGCAUCGUCUAGCUUGUUUACGACAGGAACUUGUGGAGGCCUUUGUUGAGGCAAAAUAUGUAACGUUUGUGAGGCAUGCUGCCAUCAACUACCAACAUCUGCAGUUAAAGCGACAAGGCAAGGCCGCGACAGAGGCAAAGGCAGCAACCACGGCCAAGCUGACAAAUGGUCAUUCUGACGAAGAAAAACCACUGGAGGAUAAGGAAGAAAAUUUGGUCUCUGAGGAGGACAAGAAGUUGGUGAAAGUCUUGACCAGUACGGACCAGGCUGAGCAGGCUGAUCAGGUCUCCCAAAUACUGCCAGGCAUAGACGUAAAAACAUUGGAGGAGGACACAAAGGAUGUGGUGAAGAAGGCUGCUAAAGUGGUCAACUCACUGAGUGAUACAGAGUUUAACAUCACAUUCAACCCAGAUGUUUACCAAGCCCAUGUGAAGCAUGCCAAUCCAGAGAGUGAAACUCUGCGUCGGGAGAAACAGUUGGUGAAGGAUGCCGCGGAAUUUCUAGUUGUGUAUCAGAUCCCUUCCCUGAUCAGUGACUGUAUGGAUCACACCUCCUCGCCUAUUGAUGGAUCUACACUGACAGAGGCCAUGCACACCAAAGGCAUCAACAUGAGAUACCUGGGAAAAGUGGCCGAGAUGUUGACCAAGUAUCCGUCUGUGUCGUAUGUCCAUACUAUUGCUGUUGGAGAGCUGAUCACCAGGGCAACCAAACACCUGUUUAAGACCUAUAUGCAGGGAGUAGAGAUGAUGAGCCUGUCCUCGGCUGUCAGCCACUUCCUCAACUGUUUCCUUGGGUCGCACACAGCACCGCACGCUCAACUCACUGCUGAAGAGUUACAGAGCAAGAAAGCUAGGAGGAAAAACAUUAAAAAGAACAAAGCUGCAAUCUUCAACAUGGACAAUGUGGAAUGGGUUUUAGAGACACCAAAGACACUAUGGAAAAAGGUGGUAGAGGAAGUGAAAGACUACUUCUACUUCACAGUGGAAUGUGACUCUGUUGACGGUGCGUUGGAGAAGUAUGGCCUCCAGAGAGUGUCCAUGCUGAGGGAGAUAUGUCGCAGCUGUGGAAUGCAGAUCCUGUUACGCGAGUACAACUUGGAGUCGAGGAACAAACAGAUCUUCUACGAGGACGAUAUCAUCAACAUCUUCCCUAAAGUCAAACACAUUCAUCCAAAGGCAUCAGAUGCGUACCACUUUUUCACAAGCGGUCAAGCUAAGAUACAACAAGGUUUGAUGAAGGAAGGUUAUGAUCUGAUUAGUGAGGCACUCAAUCUCCUCAACAAUGUGUAUGGCGCCAUGCACCCCGAGAUCUCGGCCUGUCUCCGGCUCAUGGCCAGACUUAACUACAUCCUCGGGGACUAUGGCGAGGCACUGUCAUACCAGCAGCGAGCAGUACUUAUGAGCGAACGAGUACAGGGGUUGGACCAUCCUAAUACAAUCACAGAAUAUUCCCACUUGGCACUGUACUGCUUUGCCAACAACCAGGUGUCCAGUUCUUUGCGCCUGAUGUACCGUACUCGCUACCUCGCCCUGCUGUGUCACGGCGAGGACCAUCCUGAGGUUGCUCUCAUUGAUAGCAAUAUCGGGUUGAUCCUACAUGCUGUUGAAGAGUAUGAAUUGUCCCUUAGGUUCCUUGAACAUGCUUUACAACUCAAUCAAAAGUUCCAUCGUAAACUUAGCUUAAAGGUUGCCAUGAGCUACCACCUUGUAGCUAGGACACACUCAUGUCGGGGAGACUUCAGAGCUGCCCUACAAACAGAAAAGGAGGCCUAUGUUAUAUACAAACAGAUGCUUGGUGAGGAACAUGACCGGACUAAGGAGAGCUCCGACUGUCUGAAGCACCUUACUCAACAAGCAGUGGUGUUCCAGAAGAAGAUGAAUGAGAUAUACAAGGGAGAGAAAAGUAUCACACUACCUCCCCUCCAGAUACAGACACCCUCCAUUGCCAGUGUGAUGGAAACCCUUAACGCCAUCAACGGCAUCGUCUUUGUACAGAUCAGCCCAAACGACCUUGAUAAGAUUAAACAACAGAUGGGACAGACCCCCAUGGUGUCGGCACCGAUAAUCAUAGACAAAACUAAUGGCCAAGACAGCACACCUGAAGAGGAACAGAACAAAUCUGAAGAAAACGACACAGAAAAUAAAGAGAAUAUGCCUAAAGAUUGUACAGCACCCAAAUGUCAAGGUGAUGUCGCCGAGAUGAAAGCCAAAGUUAAGCAACAGAGUCAGGUCAUUCAGAAUCCAGAAGUUGUGGCUAAUGGACAAUGAGGUUUGAGCCAGGUCUGCUCCACCGAUUGACAGACAGUGUGUACAAACCCAGGAAAGGCUGGUGCCACUCACUAGAUGUAAACAUUUCCAUUGCAUAAACUUUCACAGGAAAGAGGAAGAAAGUGAUUGGGAAUGACAAAUGUUCAGAUUGCAUGGAAUUUGAAUAUUGAUACAGAAGUGAAUGAGUAGCUGACAGCAUCCAGUCGCGGUAUUUCAGUGUCGUUUCGUGUCUACAGAACAAAAACAUGUCUACCCGUCAUAGCAUGCAUAUCUGUGAUACUCUUAACCUUUUCAUGAAACUUGCCAACAGUUGUUAAAGAUAUUAUGUAAGGGACAACUCUGUGUGAGACUCCGAAGUUGGUUCAAUGUGUGUGGCUUUGGCAAGCAUUAAAUGCAAAUAGCGGUGUUCCAAAAUGGCUGGGAACAUUUUCACUCUCAGAUUUCAUGUACAGCUUUAAACGUGCAUGCAAACCUAGCCCUGUGUCCCUGUUGAUGUUAUAAACAUGUGGCAUGCAACGCUCUCCAUCAAAACAUAUCCUCCAUUGUAGAAAAACAAAUCCUGUUGUUGUAGAAAGAAGUUUAAAUCAUUUUAUACAGAUUAAUGUGAAACAAUUCUUUGAGGUUUACAUAGAUUAUGUAUUGGUUUAAUUGAUCUUGGCCAUGGCAAUAUUGGACUUAUCUAAAUGUUGGUGGUAGCCAUGAUGAUAUGCAGGCCUGUGUGGUUAAAGGAAGACAACGAUGGAGUCUGUCCUGUACACUUCACAGUUCUUGGCAUCCUAUGGUCAGCACGGUAGCGCGAGACUCUUGGAGUGUAGUUAGCUGUGUGCUUUAUCUUAUGUGGUAACAUUUUCUGACUGAGAGUUUCUGAUUUUUACGGAGAGGAAUGUGAAAUUGUGUGAGUGAUAAAAUGAUUUAAGUAAUCAAUAUAGGCAUGUUUGUGAAUUAAUAUAACAUAGGUUUGAGUGAGUGAUAAAAUGGUUUAAGUAAUCAACAAAGGCAUGUUUGUAAAUUAAUAUAACAUAGGUUUGUUCUUAAGUAUUUAAUUUUCAUGUUUAAUAUAUAUACAACUGUGUAGAGUGUGUGUGGUAGGCAACCUCGGGAAAUCUUCCUUGUUCUAAUGGUGUAGUCCAAUCAGUAAGUUAUACAAUGUUUGUGUUCUUUGUAGGGCAUUAUGGCAGCACCCAGUCAUAUUUUACUAGUUACUUUGAACGUGGAAAUUUUAGUGUUGUGGAAAUGCUCACAUUUUUUUUUAGAGUAAUUUGUGCAAAAUUGCCAAUGCAAAAAAUUCCCACAACAUAAUCAGUUUGAAAAGUUGCGACACAAACAUUUUUAUGUGUGAGAAUUUCCACUUUUACAGUAUCUCAAGUAAAAACAAUAUUCAGAAAUAACUUAACCUUCUAAGUAACAUGUAUAUUGCCUGUUGAUUUUCUAGAACGUCCAGUUAUCAGAAGCCGAUGACUGAUAGUGUCCAUGGCUAUAACUUGGGUUAGAUUUCUGACCACUUGUCCUUCCUGAGAUCCUACAGAGAUUACUGAAUGUAUAGCAUAUGCUGUGAAAUUUGGAUCAUUGCAACAUGACUCCAACUGUUCUUUGAUAUUCCAGCAUCAUGGUAUGUACCGCUAUGUUAAAAUUGGUUAUUAUAGGUGUGUUAUUAACAGAAAGACUUCAGAUAAUAUGGCGCCACAAAAUGUGACAUGGUCCUCCUUUAAAAAAAAUUCUAUUUUGAGAAACCUGCAAAAACAACUUUCACGCUUGGUGAUAAGGACUCCAUUGGUCACUUGAUGACACAUUUUAAUGUUACAUAUUUUAAAAAUAUGAAUUUAUUAACUCAUUCACCCCUAAAGACACAUUUGAACUCUUCCAAUUCAAAUGUUGGAAUAGUUCAUAAUGAAAUUUCAGGGGUGAAUGAGUCUUAAAUGGAGAUGUUGUAAUACUAACAUGAUCGCGUGUGUGGCGUAUGUAAUACUAACAUGGGCGCGUGUGUGGCGUAUGUAAUACUAACAUGGUGGCGUAUAUAAAUGUAUAAUGUUGAUAUAAGAAGCUGUUAACUACACCUUUAAAAACCAACUCAUGUAGAUCACACUCGAACGAUGACACAUUUGCGAGUUGCAUAAAUAUGAAUUUAUUGCUAACACCCUAGUACAGAUUGUAAAUCGUUCAAGGAGAUAACUAGCAAACAGAUGUGCAGUAGAUACAUGUAAAGUAACUGUCCACUUUAUCCCUUUAAAAAUCAAGCCAUGUGUUAACACAUUUGAUACAGAUCUGCUGAAAUUCUUAACAGAAAUUGAGCGAAUUUUAAGCCAGUGUCAGAUUGUCAUUGUAAAUAUAAUAUUCAGAUCAUUUGUACAUAUAUCAUGAUUCCAUGCUUGUCAUUAUCUAGUCUUUCAAAGGGACUAUGUAAACUGAUCUCUGUAUCCUUAGUGGUAUCAAGUAUAAAAAGGAGAAAAUCUUUAUAUCAAUAUCAUAUUUUAAGAAACAUAAAAAAAAAAUGCAAUUUUCUAUUUCGUGAGUUAUUUCCAAAUUUUAAUAAAAAUUUGAAAUAAAAUAGGGUACUUCAACUUUAUACAAUAAUGUAGCCUGUUAAAUCUCCAGCUGUAUACAACAAUGUAGCCUGUUAAAUCUCCAGCUGUAUACAACAAUGUAGCCUGUUAAAUCUCCAGCUGUAUACAACAAUGCAGCCUGUUAAAUCGCCCUGAAAUCCACAAGACGAGGCAUUGAGAGAAUGACAUGAUACAUGGACGAAACAACUUGUGUGGUGUUGUGUGUGAUAUUUAGUGUAUGCUGCUGCAUGUUAUACUAAUUAGUCAGAGGGUACUUACUCUGUAGGUUAUUGUGUGUUGUAGGUAGGUAAGACUGCGGUGUAAAUAGAGGUUAGGGUAAAUCAGAUACCUGAUUACCUCCCUUUUAAUAUACAUUACAGUAAUGUGAGUUACUAGGUCCAACCUUAUUUCAUAAACAAACAACUCUGGUCUAACUGACUGGUCCAAGCGUUUUGAAUGCAAUAAACAAAAGUGUCCUAAGUAAGCUCUACCUGUAAAGAUAGUGAUAAUGUCACUACAAGAAGAGAUCUACAGAAAUAAUAUAAGCACUUACUACUAGUGCUAACCAUAAUCAUAUCAGGGUAAUUGGUAAGGCUGCAGUAAAAAAUAUAAGCAUGGCACAGAGGAUAUGUAUGCAUGUUAAGAAUUGUUGUUACAGAGUCAAUGUUUGAUCAGUGCACUACUGCAUAUGACAUAAAAUAUUGCUUCUCAAAAAUUACCCCGAAAAUCAGGUUUAUUUUAUAAGAAAAAUCCAAUGCAUUAGAGAUAUUCAGGUAUUUAUUUUAGCUCGCCUGCCUGAAGGGCAAUUGUUUAGAUUUAAGGUGAUUGAUGUAGAAAUGUGUGUAUCAGUUUGGUCAAGAGAAACAUUUCUAUCUGCAACUGAUUGUGUGUCUGCAGAGUAGAAGAUAGCAGUGCGUUUUACUCCAGUUACACCAAGACAUGUUUUUCAUGGACGUAAUAAAGAGAAUCAUGUUAAGCUUUUGGUAAGGUAUUUAACUGCAGUUCUGUAUUUAGAAAAGAGCUUCAUUAGUUUUUGCUUAUAAAUGUAAAACUGAUUUAUGCAGUUAUUGUGGCCAUUGCAGAUUUGAAAAAUACAUCCUGUAAACUAGAGGAGAAACCUUUUGCAGAAAUUAAUUUUCAAAUAUACAUGGCUCUGCUUGAAUUAUCGUAAUUGCCAAUAAUUAUCUGGUGUUAUACGCCCAGCAAGCUUUAGGUGUGUUAAUGCUAUAUGUUAGUGUAUCUGCUGAAUACGUUGGUAAAGCCGGUAGAGGACUACUUGUUACCUGUGAUAGCUGACCUGUAGAGGACUACUUGGUACCUGUGAUAGCUGACCUGUAGAGGACUACUUGGUACCUGUGAUAGCUGACCUGUAGAGGACUACUUGUUCCCUGUGAUAGCUGACCUGUAGAGGACUACUUGUUACCUGGGAUAGCUGACCUGUAGAGGACUACUUGUUACCUGGGAUAGCUGACCUGUAGAGGACUACUUGUUACCUGUGAUAGAUGACCUGUAGAGGACUACUUGUUACCUGUGAUAGCUGCCCUGUAGAGGACUACUUGUUACCUGUGAUAGCUUACCUGUAGAGGACUACUUGUUACCUGUGAUAGCUGCCCUGUAGAGGACUACUUGUUACCUGUGAUAGCUUACCUGUAGAGGACUACUUGUUACCUGUGAUAGCUUACCUGUAGAGGACUACUUGUUACCUGUGAUAGCUGCCCUGUAGAGGACUACUUGUUACCUGUGAUAGCUGCCCUGUAGAGGACUACUUGUUACCUGUGAUAGCUGACCAGUAGAGGACUACUUGUUACCUGUGAUAGCUGACCAGUAGAGGACUACUUGUUACCUGUGAUAGCUGACUUGUAGAGGACUACUUGUUACCUGUGAUAGCUGACCAGUAGAGGACUACUUGUUACCUGUGAUAGCUGACUUGUAGAGGACUACUUGUUACCUGUGAUAGCUGACCAGUAGAGGACUACUUGUUACCUGUGAUAGCUGACCUGUAGAUGACUACUUGUUACCUGUGAUAGCCGAGGGAACCUAGUCUUACAGGGUAAACAGGGAAGUGAUUAUUCUGCUAUUUGAUCAUACAUGUAGAGAAGGCUGUCAGAACACUUGUUAAUCGGGUUGGGCGUAUAAUAUUGAUCAUGGGGGUUUAUCAUUAGUAAGCUGUACAUGUUGUAUGCUUAAGUAAUUUCUUGUCUUGAGAUAAACAAGGGAACAGAUUAAUGUUUAUUCCAGCAAGUAGCCCAUGAACUAGUGACCUUCAGUGGAACUUUUCUCUGCACAAGGUCAAGUCCUAACAUUACUUGGCCAUGAUAAAAAAGUACCGUUUUUGGUAAUAAUUUAAAGGAAAGCAAGUCCUUCAGAAUUUACAUUUAAGACAGGGUAAUAGUUAUAGUAAACCUUAUAAACAAAGUGUGAUGUAGCAAACUCAGAAAUUUUAUAAAUUUUUCAGUUUUAUGGGUCGGAAAAAAAAUGUAUUAAAAUGAAUGAAUGCUAUAUUUUAAAAUUUUUAACUUUUCAACUUUUAAACUUUAAAAUUUAAAGGGAAAAUUCCUCGAAUCCAAGCAUUUAGCAACAGCACUGGUUCAGUAUAUCUAAGAGGUUAAUGGUUAGUAUGUAGUUAUGCUUUACAUUGACCUUGUGAGAUGACCUUUCACCCUAAACCAGUAGUCCUAGUAUUGGUUGGCUAGUAGAUGUUACAUUCCAAUAUAUAUUCACCUGUAAGUGUAAAUGUAGAAUUUCUGUGAAUUUUUUUUGUUAUUAGCUUUUUCUUGUCACACAAACUAACAAAGUGCUAUAUUUUUGCAGAUAUCCUUAAAUACCAACUCUGCCAUUCUUUGCCAAAAUCACAGAUCAAAUGAGUUGCAGCUUACAUUAUAAACAUACAUUUUCUGGUAGGUUUUUUCUUGAAAUGUUGUAUUAUUUAGUAUAAAGAUGUUUCUAAUACACAGAUAGGAUCAGUAAAAGGUUCAAAUUAAAAAUGAUUAUUUGUCCUAUGUCAGUAGUUUUAUGAACAAGCAUGCACAUGGGUAAACUUUGGGAGUCGCAGCAUUUAGUCAAGAGUGGUUUCCAAAACCCAAAAGCAUUUUAGAAAUUAGAAACAAUUGUAUACUAUUUAUUUAAGUCUUUCACUUAAAAAAUUGAUUCAUUUAAGAUUGAUUUUUCAUAUACAUCACGCAUCAAUUACAUUAUAUUGAUACCUCCUACAGGUAUGUGUAUAAACCAAAUACAUUUAUUUUGCAUAUUAUAUUGUCUGAUUCUGUUAAAUUUAAUUAUUUUUAUUCUAUAUAGAAUGUUUUACAAUAAUAAAUGGGGUGCUACCUGAUUACCUCCCUUUACUAUACAUUACAGUUAUGUAGUGAGUUCAACUGGUCCAAGCAUUUUGAAUGCAAUAAACAAGUGUACUAGGUAAGCUCUACCUGCAAAAAUAGUGAUAGAAAUAAUAUAAAUACUUAUUACUACUAGUGCUAAACCAUAAUAAUAUCAGAUUUAUUAAAAUUAUGUACAGAGUUGAUACAAAUAAAACACAGAUCUUAUAUCAUGUGAGCAGCACUAGGUAGGGGAGGUAAUCGGUAGUCAUUUGUUAGUGUGGUUUUAAUUGUGUUCACGUUUUAGUGUCAUUUAGUUAAUUGCAUGCAUUGAAAAUAUGUUCUUGAAAAUAUUUCUUUGAUGAAACAUAUUCAUUUCAAAUGAGAUCUGUUACAAAAUGAAAAGUCAAACUAAAAUCAAAAGUCAUGUAUAUAUCCGAUCUAAGAGAGAAUGAGCUGUCUGCAAAUGUAUUGAUAUGUACAUGGUACGUUAUUCUGAGAGAUGAAACAAUUUAUCUUUUAAACACGAUUUUUAAUGAGAUGCUCAGGUAUAAGUUCAGAUUGACACAAGUAUGUUGUUGUUAUGUGUUAGUACAUAGUGUGUGUACAGAUACUGUAUAUAAAAUUAUAACAACCUAAGAUUACAUAACAAAAAUAUACGUUUCUUUGUGCAAAGUGGGCCCUGUUUUUUUUCAAAAUUAUUUUAUUGCCAUGUUUUUUUGUUUAACCCAGCCAUUUGCUUGAUUAUUCCAUUGGCUCUGAUGAAAAUUGUAACUAAUUCCAAAACUAGGCAUCACAUACACUUCUAAAUGGUACUGACCAACUUCAACAAUUUGAAGAUAAAAUUACACGCAAUUACACGCAAUGGUCAGUUGAUGUAUUAGUAAAUGAUAUGGAUUUUGAUAUACAUACUAGUGUCCAGCUGUCAGUAUAUUUAUCAAUUAUUCGUCCACCGAUUUAAUUGAUCAAAUUAAUGAAGAUUAAUAUAGAAUUUCCGAUGAAAUAUGAUUUCUGUACUAGAGCUAUAAUAUAUACAGGGGACAUAUGCAUGUAUUUUGUUGUUUCCAAGAUUUUUUUUCGUGAAUAUAUUUUCUGCAUUGUGAAGUAGUAUACCAUAUAAAAGUGUGUUAUUAUGAUCCAUAAAAUCAUAUCCAAGACUGGUUUGGAUGUCAAAAUCAUCAAUAAAACUAGCAAGUACUAGCAAAA